ACUUGUAGCACAGACUGCAAACGCAUGGUCGCCCUUAAGCCGCUACCGAGGAACAGCCACAAUUCUGGUUGGACAUCAGUUGCCUGGGCAAUAACCUCAAUAAAUAUAAAUCACAGAACAGUUGUUUUAAAAUUGAAUGUAGUCUAACUGAGAUUGAGCACUCAAACGCCCAUCACCUUCCCUGGUUUUCGAAUCGUCAGUGUUUCCCCUAAGCGUUUGUGUUCACCUCCAUAGCAACCUUCAGCGGCUGGGUUUAAUGCCUUGACAUUCCUGAGAAGUCAAACUCGGAGACAACUUGGAGACAGCUUUGAAUAAAACUUUCUAGACCAACCUCAGAAAAGAUCAAUUUUUCUUUAGGCACAAAAGGCAUGACGUUUGUCGAAAAUGUUGGGGAAGAUUCUUACCACAGAACCGCCAGAUAUAACAAACGACAAUUUUGAAGAGAAGCUGGCCACAGACGAUCUAUUGGUGCACUAUUUCAAUGACUUUUUGAGUCUUCCUGUGUUUCACGAGGCUGUAACAUACAACAAGGAAAGUGGAAUCUUUGAGGUGGUGACUGAAGCAGCCGAGUCUUUGACCCAGCAGAUCAGAUCGGCACUAUUGGAAUAUAGAUCAAAACUACUUAAUGAUCAAGCAGAACCCUCGUACACCCCUAUGAUCGACAACAGUUACACAGUUCUGUGUUUGGACAGAGAACAAGGGAUUCAAUGGAUCGAGAGAGAGAGGCUGCCUUUAUUUCUGCAGAGUGAUUGCUACUUUGAGUACAGGCUAGCAAAGCUGUUGUCUCAGGUGGACAGCAGUUGCCUAGGACGGAGGUUGCAGGUAGACUCCGCCUACCGCCCCUGGGCUGUGACAUCAGAGCCUCGGCCAGCCCCUCUCCCAGUGCAAGAUGAGUCUGAGACUCUCCCUAGAAUACAGACACAGAGCAGGGAUUGGUUAACAUUGACCAGUCAAAACCAGACUUCUCUCAGCACCAAAUCCAUAAUGACACCUGUGCGCUCAUUGAGUGUGGGCAGUCAAGACACCCUCAGCCCUAGAACUUCAGACACCAUCAGUGACUUCAGCUCUCCACAGCCAGCCUCAGAAGACAGUGUUGAAUGCAACAGGAAGCAGGAGUCCCAGAGCCUUCAUGAGGCUAUGGAAGUCUACCUUACAGAGACCAGGUCUGCAGGACCGCAGCACAGUAUAUCAGCACCCCAGACCCUCACUGCGAGUGCUUUAGAAGACUUCGCUCGCUCCGUGGUGGAGCAGGUGCUGCAGAAUGCUAUAUCAGAGAUGAAAGCGGGCUCACCGUGCGCUCAGGAUGAGGCCAGAUCAAAGAGCCGUGCCCGGGGACAGGGUAUGGUGGCUCAGCAGGCACAGCUGGCAGGGUCGCACGCAGAAGCCCUCAUCCAUGGGCCACCAGCUACUGACCGUGCUCAGAAGGCAGAGGAGAGCGAGGGUUUAGAGCUGUUAGAUGAGACGGAGGAGAUUGAUGUUGACGUGGGCCAAAGUGGUAUCCGUGAGGCCCAAAAGGGCCUCCAAGAUUUCAAGAGCUUUUUACAGGGGACGCCUGGCGAGAAGCUGUUCCAUCUGUGGAUGGAUAUUGAGCGUCUGCAGUCUCUUCAGAACAAAAACAGCAAACACCGGUUCUUGAUUCGGAUGAGGACCCAGUACAUCCUGAGCAGUGGACGGUGUGCACUCAGUGCAGAAGUUCUAUCCAGGCUGGGUCUCGCCAGCGUCCCCUGCUGGACAGAAGAUAAACUGCAUCUCGCCCAGAUCCGCAUCACAGAGGUGCUGCUCCUGUACUGGUGGCCCCGGUUCCACACAGGCCCGAAUGAAGAGGCCGUUAUUGCCAGUCUGCGGCUGUGGCGAGAUCGGCAUCUGCGGCCUCCCUCCGGCAUCCACCCAAACCCCCGUACUGUCACCCUGCUGCCCCUCCGCCCAGCCUCCUGCGGCCCCCGGCUCGCCCCCUCCACCAGCCUGCAGAUGCUGGAGCCUGUGCCAGCAUCCGUAAGGCACGCUGGCUCUAAGCAAGCCUCACUCAGGCCCCACACACACGCAGCACCCAGCAGCUGCCUGAAGCCACUCUGGGAGAGUCCGUAUCCUGUUUCCACCGGAGCUGUUCCCACAACGCACUGGGCUCCCAUGAACAGGGCCCAGUCAGCCAACAAAAAGUCCCGUCUCAAAGACAGCCCGCUCUCCCUUUGUAUCGAUAGGAGGACUCCACCCCUCACCAAACAGUUGAUGUCUGAUGGCAGCUGUAGUCCAUUUCUUGGUGGCAGGAGGAUGGAGCGAAUGCUACAGGCCCUGCACACAGAGAUGAGGUCAGGCCUCUGUUUCACCCAUUUCUGCGAGUGCUCUGGAAACCAGCUGUGGGCAAACAGCAUCCAUUUCUGGACUGACCUGCAGGACUACCACCAGACGUUCUACCAGGAUGGGCUGGAUCCUUACAGACUGCAGCAGCAGGCCCAGCUCCUGUACUCUGUGUACCUGAGUCCCGGUGCGAGGAUGACUGUCGGAGUGGAUGAAGAGAGCAGGCGGCAGGUCCAAGCCUGCCUGACUCCGCCCUUCGAGGAACUGUUUGACCCGGCGGAGGAGCACGUUCUGACUCUGCUGUUUGAGCCCUGGACCAUGAUGACCGACAGGGACAGGGUUGCCUAUGAGAAGGUGGAUUUGUGGGAGGAGACUCGCCGCAUAGAGACGGCGCACUACAGGAAGCUGCAGGUCAUGCACAGGAAGUUACUGUGCCGAAUCAACCAGUGUGUACCGGAGCGCAGUCCCCCUCCUCCGUCACCAGAGGUCCCCAGUGAGCCCGACUUGUGGGCAGAGGUUCCGGAACAGUUCCGUCGCUACCGCCUGGGCUCUGUGCUGCGCCACCGCUUGGAGCUGCAGCAGUUCCACUCCUUCUUGGAGGAAAAUUUUGCCAGCAUGGACCUGAUGUGCUGGCUGGACAUUGAGCAGUAUAAGAGGCUCCCUCAGAAGGACAGGGCUCAGAGGGAGGAGAGGUCCAAGGACAUCCGGAGCAGAUACAUCAGCAGGAAGUACUUCUUUGGGCCCAACAGUCCGGCGAGCAGGGAGCAGCAGGAAGAGGUGAUUCGCCAGGGGGGCGGCUGGGGGCGGAUCCUCCACGGUCGGCUCCUGGGCCCGAUGCUGGCGGAGGUGCAGGACCACGCCAGGCGCCGCAUCGAGAAGAAGUGGCUGCCCCUCUUCCUGGCCACGCCCGAGUUUGCAGAAAGGCAGAAAGUAAAGUCCCAGGUAGAUGACGUGGUCGAGGACCAGCUCUUCCUCCGCCACCGGAAGAAGAGAGAGGUGUGGAAGCACGUAGACGGUACCUGGAUGGCUUCGUCCAAGGAGGUCCUGGCCUUCCGCAGGGCCCUGUUAAACCCGGUUACUUGUCACCAGUUCCAGCACUUUGUAUCCCUGAAGGGGGACUUCCUGGAGAAUGGUGUGCUCUUCUGGCUGGAGGUACAGAGGUACAAGAACCUGUUCCACUCGCACUGCGACGAGGCCACCAUCCAGCACAAGGUCACCCUCAUCGUCAACGCCUUCAUCAACUCGUCCAUCCCCCCCGCCCUGCAGAUCCUCAUCCCCCCUGAGCAGGCCCGGGACAUUCUGGAGAGGAGGAGGGACCUGGGACCCUACAUCUUCAGAGAGGCGCAGAUGUCCGUGUUCACACAGCUGUUUAAGCUGUGGCCGCAGUUCCUGUCCUUCAGGAGCAGUGUGGAGGAGAGGCACAUCCUGCCCAUGCUGGAGGUCAGGAAAGAGAAACAGAAGGAGAAACUCCAGCGCCGGAGGAGAGAGGAGGAAAGGAGAGCGCAGGAGGAAGCGGAGAAGCAGAAGAGCAGUCUGGCAGUGGGGCUGUUUGAGGAUGGGGGCAGUGUGUUUGGAGGGAGUCAGGAGGAAGGAGUGACGGCCAGAGAGAACGGGGGACCAGCGUACCCUACUCCACAGGUGUCCUGGUCUUACUCCAAGUACAUAAGUGCCCUGGAACAGGAGCAGGCCCUGCUGCAGAGUCACGCUCAGCUGGAGCGGGGUGUUGGCUCUCUCUCCCUGUCCUCCGGAACAGACUCCUCCAGGCACAGCAUCAAGUCGGAGGGCAGCAGACGCAGCCGCAGCCAGCCAUCCAUCCUGUCCACACGGCCCCAGAACAUUCCACACUGAUGUCACCCUUCACAGACUGCAAUGCCGGGUGUCGGCUCCAGGGGUCGCUCUUCCUGUGUUUUAUGUAGACAGAUGCAGCAGCCCGUGGGGGAAAGCCUGUAAGGAUUUUGCUGCUGGGGAGUGGAUAUGUGCACUACCACACACAGUGGAGUCUUUAUGACAGUCACACUGUAACACACUGCAAGACACUGGAGGUUCCUUUGUGUUUUGUGGUUAUACAACACUCUACCUGUUUCUUCAGCAAUGGGAUAAACAUUAACUUCUUUUUCCCUAUUUUGUCUUUUUCCCAUUCAGUUUUGGAAAUGCCCAAUGGUAAUUGUUGGUAAAUGAAAAUCGGAUAGUUUUUUCUUAUCGGGAAAUUGGGAAAAUUCUGGGAAAACUUUUAUUUUAAAAAAUUAUCAGGAAAUUCCAUUCUUCCAGCUUGUAGGCCCGUCCUAUUGCUGUAACAUCCUGACAAGAUUGGCAGGACACCGCCAACUGAACCUUUCUGUGCUGGGUGAAGAUAAUCAGCCAUCCCUGAGCCUGUGGGACUGUGCUGGUCACAAUGUGCAGAGGCACAGGUAGGCUUGAGUCUCAGGGUGGGGAGCAGGAUUUGAUCUUUCAGGUCCUCUGGUGGACAUUAUGCCCAGCAGCCCCGGGAGGCACAGUUAUGAGUGCCAUUUAUAGCUCAGUCUGGUGAGCGUCCGCAGAAAUCAUGGAUCUUAUUGGUCAGACGAGUCCUGUUGUCUUGGCCUCCAUGGAAACAGGUGUCGUGGAGACAGUUGCGGGUCUCUGGAAUGCAGCAAUUAAGUUCACGUAGAAAGAACCAACUGUCUGAGCACUGCCUUGUAGUGCAGAGAGGCCCCAUUAGUCACCAAUGUAUACAACUAAAUAUAAAAUAAAACUGGAAACAUUUAGCCCCCAUUAUAUUACCUGUUUUUAUUCAUCACUUUGAGUGUCCACUUAUUGACUUACUGGGAGAAGAUUGCAAAAUUAAUUGUAAGAGAUACUUUUAUUUCUAACAUAAAACAAUCUGAAAUCUGUCAAUUUGUGGACCUUCAAUUCAUAGUGAUAAUCCAGCACUCCAGUUACUGAAUCAAAAAUAUAGUACUCGCUUGUAGUUAUUCAAUGCAGUUUUGCGCUGUUGUUUUGGCUGUUGAGUAUUUAAAUUUGUUUGAAAUAUGCACAAUAAACAAAUGGUUUCUUUUUUGUCA